GUGCCGUCGCAGGGUGAUGACGUCAGCGGAUGCGGGCGGUGACGCGGAGCCGUUGCGGGGAUGGCGGAGAGGGAGAGGCUGUGGCGGCAGAUCCGCCUGCUGCAGGGUCUCAUCAAUGACCAUAAAAACGCUCAUGGGGACGCCCCACGGCCACCUCCUUCCGCAGCCCCACGCUGGAGCAACCCUCGCCAACCUUCCUUCGCCAGGAGGGGGACGUUUUCCACCAGGUACCCCCAGCAAGCUCCCAGGGAUUUCCAACCCCAGCAGAGUCACUCCUGGAGGAAAAAAUAUUCCCUUGUCAAUCAUCCACCAGGAUCAAUGUGCGACGAUGGAAGUGGUGGAAGAGCCAGCACCUCUCAGGUGUUUGGAAGCCUUGAGGACAACCAAGGACCUGAGCUACCAGAGUCCUCAUCUCCAGAGAGACACGUGGACUUAACCAGGGACGGCAACAUCGUUGUGGGGAUCCAGCUGCCCCAGAGGGCUGGUCCUUUUGUGAGGGCAGAAGGGUUUGGCGACGGGAGCUCUUGCUGCGAGUUUUCUGGGCUGCAGACGGCGGCUGGUGCCGCCGGGGGUGACGGUAGAAAGACGCCGAGGUCUCAGCCCAGGAGCCAAAAUGAGGAGAGAAGAGCUUCUCUCUCGGUUUCCUUCAGCUCCUCUCACCGCUUCGUGAGCUCGUCGGAGAGGCCUCGGAAGGUUCACCUGGCUGGCGACAGCUCCUUCGCCCCCUGCGGCGGCAGCAGCGAAAGUGCUGUCACGCUCCGAUCCGAGCCGCAGCAGCGUCCUUUGGUCUUGCCGGGGCACGCUCCACCCUCUGGACACCUGGGCAGGAGGAAGGCAGAGCCUCCAGCCCCUGGUCAGCCCAGCUGUGAGCGGGUCGGGGAUGGUUUCAGAGAGCCGGAGCUGUGUGGAAGUGGCGAGAUGGGCUCCAGCGGUCCUCAGGCUGCCAAUUUGGUGGCGGGGAUGACUGCAGCUAAGAGCAGGUUUUCUGUAGCCCCCAAAGCCACCACUCUCCAAAGAGCUGCCUCAACAUCCGUCUCCAGCAAAUCCCCAAAGUUCAGGAAAACUAAUUACACCUGGGUUGCCAGCCCUGGGAAGUGCUCUCGUGCUGUGAAGAGAUGGGCCAGCCCUAGAGCUUUGGAAAGCACAAAGAAGGUUGUUGGUGGAGCUGACAGAGCUGCUAAGGUGUCACCAAAAGCAGAUUUGGGGACAAAGCUGAAGAAAUCGGGGCUGCAGUCCAAAGUGGGUGUUUCUCCCAGCAAAUACAAGUGGAAAGCCUCCAGCCUGCAGACCUUGCCCUCCACCUCCAAGUCUGCAUUCAGGUGGAGAUCUGAGGAUCAGAAAAAGCCUCCAGCUCCCAACCUCCCUCGAGCUGGGGCUGCUCCACCACCUCCCAGCGCAGCAGCUGGUGGUCUUGGUGGGCCCAAGUCCUUUGGUGAUGCCACACUCUCCAGUUACAAAGUGAAGAGUCGGACCAAAAUCAUCAAGAAGAAAGGCAACUUGGGCUCUCCAACAGAUAAGAAGAACAUCUCUUCCACCACACCUCUGAAAGGUCACUUCCACCUCAGGAAGAAGAACUCCUUGAAGGGGAAAACUUCUGUGACACCAAAACGUUCCUCACCCAAGGGCCUGGUGCAGAUUACCAAGCACAGGCUCUGCAGGCUGCCUGCCACCAGGAUGCAGGGCUCCACCAGGGAAGGAGCCAACCUGAACUUCAUCAGGAGCCCCAGGGUGAUAAAGACACGCUACAGGAUAGUGAAGAAGAACGUGGUGUCUCCAGCCUUAUCAGCCUUCAGCAGCCCUGUUCCCAACUGGAAGAUGAAGCGCCCUUUGUCACCCAGGUCCCUGCUCUUGAGCCAAGCACGCCCAUCACCCCAAGGUGGCAAGUCCCAGCAUGUGCAGCAGAGCUGGAGGAGCAAAGGCUAUCGCUGCAUCGGGGGGGUGAUGUACAGAGUGUCAGCAAACAAACUCUCCAAGACGUCCAGCACCCCGGCUCGGGCCAGAGACCUGAGCACCAAGAGCCCUGGCAGAGCAGCAGGGAGGUCACACUGCGUGCCCAGUCCUGGCUUCUCUCCAUCCAGCUGCCUGAACAGAUCAGCUACAAGCCGGUACAUCGCCAGCCGCGCGGUGCAGCGGAGCUUGGCCAUCAUCCGCCAGGCCAAGCAGAAGAAGAAGAAGAAGGAGUACUGCAUGUACUACAACCGCUUCGGCAAGUGCAACCGCGGCGACAGCUGCCCCUACAUCCACGACCCAGAGAAGGUGGCCGUCUGCACCAGGUUUCUCCGUGGCACAUGCAAGAAGACAGAUGGGACCUGUUCAUUUUCGCACAAGGUGUCCAAAGACAAGAUGCCAGUGUGCUCCUACUUCUUGAAGGGCAUCUGCAGCAACAGCAACUGCCCCUACAGCCAUGUCUAUGUCUCCAGGAAGGCAGAAGUGUGCCAAGAUUUCCUCAAAGGUUAUUGUCCCAUGGGCGAGAAGUGCAAGAAGAAGCACACGCUGGUGUGCCCUGACUUUGCCAAGAAAGGUGUCUGCCCCAGAGGUGCCAAGUGCAAGCUGCUGCACCCGCAGAAGAAGCGCCACCCAAGAGAGGCAGACGAUGGAGAGCGCGGUGACCCUCCCUCCAAGUGGAGACGGGUCUCGGAGGAGACAGGCAGGGAUGAUCCAGCUCAGCUCCAUGAUGAUGGGGAAAUUCCUGGACCCUCCAGCACAGAGCAAGAAGUGAAGUUUUGGAAGGCAGCCAACACCUCACCAACCAGCUGGCUGCGAAAGCUGCCAUCCUUCAUCUCCCUCCAGUCCCCAGCGUCCUCCAGCGACCAGGGCUGCAGACUGGAGAAGGAUGAGGAAGACUCUGAGGAUGAACCAGGUAGCACUAAAAGGAAGAGGACUUUGCCACCAGAAUCCUCCCAGGACUCUGAAAACCCCCGUCUGGAAGAGGGUGGCAGAGGCAAACAACUGCAGAUCAAGCCCCGGCUGUGAGCGAGACCCAACUGCACGGCAGCCAAACCAGCUCAGGAAGUGCAGAGCUGGGCAUGGACCUGGCACCUACCUCAGGACACCACACCCAGACAUGACACAUUCUCUGCUUGUUUUUCUGGGCACAUCAUUUUGGCACAGAGCCAGGUGACAUUGUUGAGGAGCCAUCACCCAUUCCCACGUGGAAGCAGCUUUGAAAGGUUUUAAUUUGCCAAUAAAUUGUCUUUUCAGCCUGUUUCUUGAAGGCAAGACCUACCACCAGCCUCCUUGGUUGCUUGUGGGGCUGAGAAGAAGCUUCCAUCCCCAUUGAUCCUCUCUCAGAUUGUGGCUCUGCUGCUGUCCUGGACAUGAGGUGACAGAGGGACCUGAGGAGUUUAAUGCCAUCACUCAGUGUGCCCACAUUCAGGUCAGCCACUAUGUUGGAGACAAGCAUGGCUGGCGGUCACAAGCCACCGUGCUGGGAUGCGAUGGGGUGGAAAGCCCCAACAUGGCUCAGCCAUGCUCAGAUCCUACCUGCAUCCAUCCUGCUCCAUCUCCUUGCUCCUGGAAGGAGAUUUCUGGGAGCAGAGGCAUGUUCCAAGAGCACCUCUCACAGAAACCUGUGCUGGGAGCAGGGCUGAGCUCACACCAGAUGCUCCUGCAGCAUGUUGAGAUGUCCCAUAUCUGGUUGCACCCUAACUCCCACCUCUCCCCUUCCCAAGAGGGGUUUGGUCUCCUUUGGAAGACCCAGACCAGCUCUUUUGGGGGUUUUUUUUGGGAUCCCUCCAAAUCCAACCAGGACCAAAGCACAAGGGUAGCAUUGUACCAAGUGCUGUUGGCCAUGUGGCUGCUGCUUUGCAUUCAUGGCUACAACUUCCAAGGGGAUUUUAGGGUGGUGGAUGCUGUUUCCCUACAUGGAUGGGAUUUUGGGUCGGCUCUAGGAUUUCCUGGCAAGAGCUGGUAGCAGCCAUGUGAGGUGGCCAGGUUUGUCUGUCCUCUGCCCCUGAUCCCAAGUCCUGCAAGGAAAAGACAUCAGCAGGGCCACGGGUGAAUGCUGGAGCUCCUCAAGAGCCCAGCAGCCAGCUGCAUUCACGGGGGCGUGAGUGAUGGAACCACCACGAUGGUGUGGGCUCAGAUGUGGCACGACUGUGGUGAGAGGCUGAUGGCUGCAGUUUCACCCCCUGGUGAAGGGCCCCAUGGGGGCUUUUCCUGCCCUGGGUGAGCACCCACGGGUGUAUGCACCCCAUGGAAGGCUCUUGUUAUCACUCCACAUGGACGUUCUCCCAUCCCACCUUGUGAUGAAGCCUUGGGUGACCUGAGUGACCAAAGCUCAACACUUGUCACCUCCCUGAGCUCCUGGUUAAGGAUGUUGCUCAACUGGGAAAAGGGAGGUUUAGUGCCACUCGGAGAGCAGUUUCAGGUGGCCAUGUCCCCCCCAGCCAUCGUGGGGACCACUCAUGCCCCAGUGUGUGUAACAGUUUCUUGGGUAAAGCCUGGGUUGUCUCCAUUGCUCUUCAAUGUCUUUUAUUAACCCCUUGUGUUUUGACUUGGAAAUAAAAAGGUUCUG